AUGACUGAUAGAUUAUAAAUCAAGCAAGCUAAAGAAUCAAUACCAAGAUAUGAAGUUCUUGAUGAUUCAUAAACACUAAACCUAAUUUUUGAUGCUUUAAAUUAGAUUCAUCAUUAAAAGGAUUUGUUAAUCAACUAAAAUUUAGAUUAAUUUUUAGAUGUCAUAAAUCUUAAUAUUUUCGUGAAGUAAUUCGAGCAUUUAAUCAUUGAGGAUUAGCAAUCAUUUUUAUAACUAUUAGAAAAUAUGAAUAAGGUUAAAUGUUUUAAACUUAUUGUUGAGUCCUAAUCUUUUAUAGAAUAGGAUAGCUUUUUUAAGAUAGUUUAAGUAAUCCAAAAUAAGGAAUAGUUAGAAGAAAUAGAGUUAGACUUGAAUACAGCAAUAUAAUUCAACUUUUUAGAAAAAAUUGGCAUUUGUUUAUAAAAUAAAUCUAAUUUAAACAAAAUUAGCAUUAAAGUUUAAAAAAAUAUCUUUGAGGAAGAUUAAUUCUAAUGUAUAAUAGAAUAAAUAGCUAAGUUAGAACAACUUUCAUCACUUAGUUUAGAGUUAGAUUUCUCAAAACUCGUAGUGAAUGGAAUUACUAUUCUUUCUUAAAAUUUAAAAUGCUUGAAGAAUUUGAAAAGUUUGAGCCUUUCUUUGAAGACUUCUGAUAUCUUUUUACGAGGAUUUUCUGAAUUUUUUAAGAUUUUAAAAGAAUUAAACAUGCUCGAUUCUUUGAAGAUUAAAGUAUCUGAGCCACCUGUUUUUAGCUCUGAAGAAAUCGAUUUAUUUAUUGAAGGAUUCUAAAAAUUAAAUUAGAUCAAAUCUUUAGAUUUAUCGAAUUUUUUUGGAAAUGUAUUUUUGGAUGAUGAAAUUAGAAUAUUAGAUGCCAUCAAAGAAAAAUAAUUAAAAAGCAUUUCAUUGCAUUUUGGUUUAUUUGGGAAAUUAAAUGAGAAAUAAAAAUCUGUAAUUGGAUAGUUUCUACAGAAAGCCAAAUAAACAACUCAAGAAUUUGAAUUAGGAUUCAGUAAAAUUGCAUAAAUAGACACUGAUUUUGCAAAUUAAAUAUCUUAAUAAAUUUAAAAUUUUUAAGAAAUCAAGUAAUUAACUUUAAUUUUCAAUGGAAACUUUUCUACGAAGGGACUUGAAUUUAUUUUAUCUUCUCUAUAAAAUUUAACAAGCCUAAAUACAUUGAAUUUGCAGUUCUCUAUGAUAUUAAGUUUCUACAACUUCAAAUAAUUAUUUAACAGUAUUUCAUAGCUAGUGAAUUUAAAAAAAUUAGAUUUAGCAUUUGAUAAUAUAAACUUUGAGAAGAGCUAUUUUAAUGGAGUUAUUCAUCCUUUUUAUAAGCUAUAGAAUUUAACAGAACUUACAUUCAAUUUUACUCAUUCAGAGUAAGUAGAAAUUUUAGAGUUUUUUUUCGAAGGAUUGCAAUAUUUGCAUUAAUUAAAGUAUCUUUCUCUUGAUGCUAUCUUUUUAAGCAGACAUUUAAAUGAAAGAAUAUUUGUAAACUUAAUUAAUUCCUUAAGUUAAAUAACUUAACUGAAAUAUCUUAAAUUUAAAAUAAUUUCUAAUCCUUUUGAUGAUGAGAUAAUAUUAGUAAAUAUGUUUGAGUAGCUAGGGUAUUUGGAGAAGCUAGAACAUAUUGAGUUUGAAAUAAAUACUAACUAUACAAUUGACAUUAUUUCAGGAUUUGGAGGUUGGUUGAAGAAAUUAUAAUUGUUGAAAUAUCUGGACAUCACAUUCAAAAAUGUAGUUUCUAUAGAGGAACUUCAUUGUUUGAUGUCUUAUUUGAAUCUUUCAAACUUAACUAAUUUAUACUUGAAAUUUGAAAAGUUGAAUAGCGAUGAUGUCAGAGAAAACAUAUUAGAAUCAGACUUUUAACCUCUAAAAAAACUAAAUGUUUUAUAAAUUAGCUCCCAAGCUUAGAAAAAAUAAAAUAUAAAUCUAUAUGUGCUAUUCUUGAAAGCAAUUUAAUAUUUAUAAAAUUUAUAAUUCCUAGACUUAAAUUUAGGGUCAUGUAUGCCUAUCGUGGACCAAGCAACAUUUUAUUUAAAAUAAUGUUUUAAUGCUUUAAAAAACCUCAAAGAAUUAAGGCUAGUUGUUUAUUUCCCAGACAAUAAUUUGAAAAAGCAAGGAUUUUAAGAUUUUUGCAUAUCUUUUUCAUACUUGGAAGAACUAACAAUUUUAUCUGGAAUAUUUUCUUUCCCUAAUAACAUAAGCUCAAAUAUAAUUUAAUCAUUUUAAAGUUUAAAAAAUAUCAAAGAACUAAAUUUAAAAUUGGAAUCAUAUCAAUAUUCUAAAGGGAAUCCUUAUAUCUAAUAUGCAAUUUUAGAUAAUCCUUAGUAAUUCUCUAAACUAACUAAAAUGUAAUUAACAUUUAACUAUUCAUAGAGUGAUUACUCUCUUUCGAAUUUUUUGAAGAUCCUAUCUAAUCAAAGGUAAUUAACUUCUUUCCUUUUACAAGUUGAAGAGAAAUAUCAGUUAAGCAAUGAAGAAAUAGAAUAACUUGGUAAAACACUUUUAAAUUUGACUUAAUUAAAAUAAUUUGAUUGCUAUUUAUUUUCUGACUGCUAAAUUGAAGAAGAGUCAUUUAAAAUUCUUUCUAAUGGUGUUUCAUAGCUGUAAAAUUUACAUUCGCUUUCUUUUUAAACUGAUCAUUAUAUGAGAAUUCCUUCAUUAGCAAUCGAUAGCUUUUAUUAGUAUGUCACAAAAUUAGAAUACCUAAAAUUCUUAAAUCUAGAAUUAAAUGACAAUCUUGGUUUAUCAAAUUUUUCAUUUGAUAAAUUUAUACCUAACUCUAAUUAUAUCCCUCUUUUAGAAUUAGAAUUUAUAGCUACUAAGAAAUAAAAAUUUAUAAAUAUUUUAAGUGACUUCUUAAUUUGUACUCUAUAAAGAUCUAAAAAUAUGUAAAAACUUACUAUUUCUUUUGAAGGAGAUAAUUAUUUGGGGAGUUAAUCAAUCGAUAAUCUUGCUCAAUGUAUUUCUAAUUUACAUAAUUUGCAGUAAAUAGAUAUUGAAAUAAAAGCAUAGAAUUAUCAUAAUGUAAAUGACGAAAAUAUGCAAAAGCUUGUUUAAUCAUUAAAUAAUUUGAAAAAACUUCAUUCGUUAGAAUUUAAUUUUAGCACUUCAAUUUCAUAGUCUGCUUUAACUUUCCUAAGUAUUAAAGAAUUGUUAGUCACUUAAUAAAAUAUCAACAAAUUAUCAACUAGAGUUUCUUUUGAUAGACCAAUAACUUUGGAAAAAAUUAAUGAUUUUGGUCUUUUCUUGGUUGGAAAGUAAAUAAGCAUAAUGGAAUUAAACCUAAACAAAGUAGAUGAAUGUUAUGCUUUAACCGAUAUUAUCAGCUAAUAGGAUUUAAAAUAUUGA